AUGGCCGCUCCCAUCGUGCUGCUCUAUGGCCUACUCGCAUUGGGAGCAAUGUGGUUCGUACGGAGGCAGUCCAAACACCGCAAUGCUCACCAUGUGAUGCGUAACAUUCCUGGACCUCCAUCUCGAUCUUGGAUGAAAGGAAACGUAAUGCAAUUCUUCACGCGCCAUGGACAAGAGUUUCAAAGGGACGUGGCCCUCAACUACGGGUCGGUUGUGCGACUUGAAGGUCCUCUCGGGCGCAAAAUACUAUACGUCGCAGACCCUAAGGCGCUCCAUACGAUCAUUAUCAAAGAAGAGCACGUCUUUGAGGAACCCGAACCAUUCUUGGUCUCCAACAACUUGAUCUUCGGGGAAUGUCUCAUUGGUAGUCUAGGCGACAUUCACAAGCGACAGAGGAAAAUGCUCACUCCGGUCUUCUCCGUCAACCACAUGCGUCACAUGCUGCCAGUCUUUAACACCGUCGUAUUUAAACUCCGGGAAGUAGUUCUCGCUAAGGUGCGCGAGGGAGAGAAGGAGAUAGACGUCCUAGAAUGGACGGGACGCGUUGCUCUGGAGCUUAUAGGACAAGGCGGCCUAGGGUACUCUUUCGAUCCUCUCGAUUCGGAAAAGGAGGCUAGGAACGAGUAUGGAGAUGCCAUCAAGUCGCUGCUCCCUGCCAUGAUGAACAUAGAGCAACUACGCCAACUGACACCACACCUCGUCAAGAUGGGCCCGAGAUGGUUUCGCCGACUGGCCGUCGACCUAUUCCCCAACGCGCACCUGCAGACCGUCAAACAUGUGUCCGACACUAUGAGCGAACGAUCUCAGAAUAUAUUCCACGAGAAGAAGGUCGCCUUGAACAAUGGAGAUGAAGCAGUGCUUCGUCAGGUCGGUGAAGGGAGAGACAUCAUGAGCAUCCUCCUCAGGGCGAACACAACGGCAUCAGAGCAAGACAAGCUUCCGGAGUCCGAGAUGAUCGCUCAAAUGUCACUCCUGGUUUUCGCAGCCACGGACACUACUUCCAACACCCUGGCGCGUAUCCUGCAAUCAUUGGCUGAACACAGCGACGUGCAAUCCAAGUUGCGAGAAGAACUGCUUCAUGCAGGUGCAGACACGGGCGAUCUUUCGUACGAUGACCUUAUGAAGUUGCCGCUGCUGGAUGCCAUCUGCCGAGAGACUCUUCGACUGUAUCCUCCUGUGACGAUACUGCUUAGGGUGCCUAGAAAGGACUCGGUGCUUCCUCUGUCUGAGCCCGUCGUCGGACUCGACGGGUCGAUAAUCAAAGAUGUCCCGGUUCCUAAGGGAACAGAGAUCAUCAUCGGCACCUUGGGAUCCAAUGUCAAUAAAUCGCUAUGGGGAGAAGAUUCCCUCGAGUGGAAACCGGAGCGUUGGCUUUCCCCCUUACCACGCGCGGUCAACGACGCCCCUAUUCCAGGUGUAUACUCCAACUUGAUGACGUUCCUCGGGGGAAAGCGCGCUUGCAUCGGCUUCAAGUUCUCUGAGAUGGAGAUGAAGGUUGUGCUGGCGGUGAUGGUGUCGAAUUUCACUUUCGAGUUGACGGAGAAGGAGAUCGGAUGGAAUGUCGCUUUGGUCUGGUAUCCCACCGUCGGCAAGGACGACGACCGGCCGCAGCUGCCGCUCAAGGUGAGACUGUAUAAACCGUGA